ACAAGCUCAGGGAAAAACAGCAAAACCCUUUAACGCCUGUACUUUACUCAACACUUCUCUAAAUCGAGACGUGUUGUUUUCUCUCUCUCUCCCUAUCUCUCUCUCUCUUCGUGUUAUGAUUCCAGAAUGAGUAAUAAAGAAGACCGCGGUAGCAAGCAUUUCCCUGCGCCGAUCUCCAGCUUUACUAUCCAGUCGAUUCUGGGUACCACAUCGGAAGGUGGCCGCUCAGGUAGCAAAGACUCGUCCAUAGGAGCUUUGCAAAGAACGCGAACCCUUUCUGUGUCAUCGGAAGAAGACUAUAGCGCCGGGGAAGAAUCGUGCUAUAAAGAACCGGGCUGUUUCUGCUCGGAACCCGGCCACAACGAGCCAUGCAAUCACCAACACCAACCUAUCAACUUCUCUCGCCUCGGUAAAGGGAUUGCAGCGGGUCAGGGAGGCACAGAAAGAGGGCAGCACAUACCACCGCCACCUCUACUACAGGAUUACACAGAAGAAAAGGACACACCUUGUGGUCAAAACUCGCCGGCUUCAGAGGACAACAAACACAGCAACUCAUCCAAGAAGAAGACCCGAACUGUUUUUUCCCGGAGCCAGGUCUACCAACUCGAGUCCACCUUUGACAUGAAGCGCUACUUGAGCAGUUCUGAGCGGGCCUGCCUAGCCUCCAGCCUGCAGCUAACAGAGACACAGGUGAAGACUUGGUUCCAAAACCGCAGAAACAAGUGGAAGAGGCAGCUUUCUGCGGAACUGGACGCGGCCAACAUGGCACAUGCAUCCGCACAGACUUUAGUAGGGAUGCCGUUGGUAUUCAGAGACAAUUCUCUUCUGAGAGUGCCAGUUCCAAGGUCCAUUGCUUUCCCAACACCUUUCUAUUACCCCGGGAGUAACCUACCAGCCCUACCUUUAUACAAUCUGUAUAACAAGAUUGAAUACUGACUUUAUUCUUCCCCCUCCAAAAACAAACAAACAACAAAACCCUGAUUGACACAUAAAUGUAUAUUUAUAUAAUAAUCUUACCUGAUGGAAAUGUAUAUUUCUUAUGCAACAACUGGAUGUGUAAAUAUGAUAGCAAUGUGCUUCUCUAAACGGUAAAUACACCAUGUGUAUAUUAAUUAUUUUGUAGAUUGUUUCCUCCUUUAAACAGCUACCCCUUCCUUGUUUAACCAAAACACCUGUUAUGUGAGAAAAAAAAAAAAAAUCUGGUGUUUUACUACCAGGAUG